AUGCGCGCGGAAGAGGAGGACGUAAACGAGAGCGACGCCGACAGAAGAAGCAUGACCGAUCGUCGCAGGAGAGAAAACCCAGCGGUGGUCGCCGGCGAGGUGGAGAAGAAAGAAGUCGUAGCAGCGGAGAUGCAGGACGCAGCAAAAGGGAAGCUGCCCGCUAUCGGAGAGGAAGAGAAACUGAUCAUGGAAGAGGAAGAGAUGAACGAAAGCCAAGGCGACAGAAGAAACGAUCGCAGAGAGAGCGCGGCAGUGGUUGCCGGCGAAGUGGAGACGCACGAAGGAGCCGAGGAGGCCAAGUCGAAGGAAGAGAGGCUACUGCCGCUGCCUUAUUGGCACUGCACACGGACGGAUCUCGCGUAUUGCCUUCUUCUAUGCUCUGCUCUCGCGCUCCUCUGCCUGGCGUGGUUUCUGCUGGUCGUGUACGGGGGCGUGGCCAACCGCUAUAUCUGGGUCUCUUGCCUCUUUGCUCCGUUCGGCUCGUUAACGACUGUCUCCACCUUCAUCGGCGAACUCUACGCUCUGCCUCCGGUGCCGUUCGCGUACGCGUACAUCAUCGCUACCCUUGGCAUGACCCAGGCCGCUCUCAUUCCCAUCAACGGUCUCUACACAUGGCUGCAAUGA